AUGUCCGCUACUAAGGAUAAGUCUAAGGUCCACAAGCUGUCCUUGAAAGGAUCGGCGAAGCUGGUGGCCGAAUUCUUUGAGUACUCCAUCAACUCGAUUCUCUUCCAGAGAGGAGUCUACCCUCCAGAGGAUUUCACGACUGUCAAGAAAUAUGGUCUCAACAUGCUGGUUACCGCCGACGACCAGGUCAAAGCUUACAUCAAGAAGAUAAUGUCGCAAUUGAACAAAUGGAUGACGGGUGGCAAGAUCUCUAAGCUUGUUAUUGUCAUCACGGACAAGGAAACUGGUGAACACGUGGAAAGAUGGCAGUUUGAUGUGCAAAUCUUCGGAAAGCAUUCCAAGAGCCAAUCAUCCCGCACUACUGGCGACAAGGAGAACGCAGCUCCUGGUGAUAAGGAUCCCCAAGCCGCUGCCACCGUCGAGAAAACAGAGAAGGAGAUCCAAGACGAGAUCCAGGCUAUCUUCCGCCAGAUCACCGCAUCAGUCACAUUCCUGCCCGUCCUGGAUGGCGACUGCACAUUCAACGUCCUGGUGUACGCCGAUGCCGACUCCGAGGUCCCCGUGGAAUGGGGCGACAGCGACGCCAAAGAGAUCAAGAACGCAGAGAAGGUGCAGCUCCGAAGCUUCAGUACCAACAACCACCGCGUAGAGACACUCGUCAGCUAUCGUCUUGCCGACUAG